AUGGCUGAAGAUAUUGAUACUAAAAGUGAGCCUUCUAGUAAAUCAUCACCAACGAGACAAAGCGAAAUAGCGGACAACCAACAUUCUGAGCCAGCAACAGCAUUCUUGAAUAUCUGCAAGCAGUUGGAUCCUGGUAUAGACGAAGAUUUCGUCGAAAAAGCUUGGAAACAGUACGAUACAAUUAGAAACCAAUACGUCUUAGAGGGGAAACAGUUUACAUGGUAUGCUUGUGCUGUUUAUUUUUCAAUGUGGCAAGGGAUUCCACUUGAGCAUGCGGUAUCGAAGAAGUAUUCGGUGGCUGAACUUCUCAAAAUUUGUAAAAUCAGUGUGCUUGAAUUCUUCGACAAAGCUGCUAAAUGGAUGGAAAUGAUUAAUGGGCCACGGCGCUUAAAGGAUCAUAUCAAUCGAGUGCAGUCGUCCCUUGCUGUUGCAGCAGUUGUUUUCAAAAAAUUAUUACCAAUCUUCCGGAAGAUAUUUGCACCACCACGCGGUAAUAAUAAUGAUGAAAUGAAUGGUCUCAAUUGCAAAAAGCUGUUUUCUUUACUGUGGACACUAUUUGUCGUAAUGCGAAAGCAGUUCAACAGUGAUGACUUGAUGAACAGUUUUCAUCUUUUGCUUUGUACGGUUGACUUCAUCUUUCAAGAUCUCCGUCGUUCCGAAUUGGCUUGUUUAUUAGAUGGCGAUUUCAUAAAUGCUAUUGAAAUGCAGCCCGAAAAAGAUUCGAUUUUGGAAACAUUGUGUCAGAUUUUUGAAGGCGUUGUUUUGGAUGCAAAACACUUCCGUGUCCAUUGUUGGCUUCCCAGAAUGCGUAGAAUGUCAGAAGAGAAAAUAAUAGAAACAGGAGAAGAUUUGACCAAUUUCGUCACCAACGAAUUUAUCAAUAAGAAAAAAUUGGAUAAUAUGUAUGAGGAAUUGAUUGUGAAACGAGGGGAAAUGGAUGAAAGAAUGUUUUUGCCGGCAGAUAUUUCUGUCGUAUUCGAUGAAGCAUAUGAUGAAUGUGCAGUGCAGCGUCUUCGACGUUCAGAAGAUGGUGACAAUCUUAUUGAUGCAGACAUGCUGUUGCGUUUAAGCACUCAGAGUUGUUUGGAACGACUUCAGGAUCAAAGACAACAAAAGACACCUCUGAGUGGUCGAGGAUAUGUCAUAUCUGCUGAACAGUAUUGUCCUGCUACACCGGUUUCUGCUUCACUUUAUAAUGCGUCGAAACUGGAAUCGUUGCUGCAAGAUAAUUGGAGAAGAUUGGAUGCUGAAGUAGAGAGCAUUUUAUGUCACAGCUGCCAGGAUCCGCUUGAGAAAGUUACGAAUAUUGUUUCUCAGUUAAGUGAACGGUUAGAAGAAGCAGUAGAAAAUGAAGGACAAUUAGAUGGAGCUGAAUACGAUACUUCAUUUCGCGAAAUGUUUGCAGUUCGAAAAAGCAAUGUAGAAUGCUUAUUCUUUCGUUUCUUGCAUAAAAUAGCUCUUUCAGAAAAAGAUCGUUUGGGAAAUGGAAGUAUCAUAAAACUAAGCGCUGUAUUGCUCAGGGAGGAUUUCUUAAAAUCGUUGUAUGUCUGUUCAUUGCAACUAGUUCUUUUUACGUAUGAAAGUGUGCGAGAAUUUCCAUGGAGUCUGGAAAUAAUGCGAGUAUCGGCUAUACAUUUUUACAAAGUUAUUGAGCUAAUUAUCCGAGCGGAUUCUUCUUUAUCGCGUGAAAUGGUUAAGCAUCUCAAUAAGGUCGAAGAACGUGUGUUGGAAGAGUUUGCUUGGAGCUUAGAGUCACCAUUAUGGCCUAGUUUACAACGACGAGCAGAUGGAGUACCAUCAAGUCAGGCGGUGUCAUUGGAAGCCGUAGAGGGUUAUUCUAUGAGGCAGCCAUCUCUUUCACAGCGUUAUACCGUAUCUCCCAUCAAACCACUAGCAAAACGUCGACUUGAAUUUGAUGACGAUGAUUCACCAUGUAUUGCUGCAAAACGGCGAGUUACGGAUGCUGAAAGUUCAUCACCAUCAUCUGCAACAUUGUUAUUUUUCCGCAAGGCAUCAGUUCGCUUGCGCGAUCUUUGUGAACGAGUACGUCUUGAUGAAAAAGGUCGUCAGCGAGCUUGGACUCUGUUUGAGCAUGUAUUAAGAACGGAAACGUCUCUUAUGGCUGGAAGGCAUUUGGAUCAGAAUCUAAUGUGUUGUUUAUACGUAGUAGCAAAAAUUGGUCAGCAAAAUAUUUCUUUCCAUGACAUUAUGUACCAUUACCGCCAUCAACCACAAGCUGCUUCACGUGUAUAUCGACGAGUUAUGGUGGAAAGCAUUUCUUCUCCGCCAAUUAUUUUGGAUGAUGGCGCUUCCCACGACUCUGUUGGUUCUGCAUCAGGAGACAAAUUCCGUUCUGAAUCAUCAGUUUCGGGAGUAGUGACAGGCAGUGGCACAGCAACACCAGAACACCAGAAUGUGGAAUACAUUGAUCUCAUCAAAUAUUACAAUCAUAUUUUCAUUGCUCGUGUGAAAUCAUUUGUGCAGAAAUUACAACCGGGAUUUACGGAGAAUGGUGUUUCGCUGUUAUCAAUUCCAGUGGUUCAGUGUAAUCGCUUGUCACCUCAAAGGAGCGUAUCUGAUCGUAUUACCGUUACACCAAUGCCUUCUUCAUUGCCAUCCUCACCGUCACGACCAUAUAGAUAUGUCUUUGAUAAAACACCAGUUAAAGAGUUAAAUUCAAUUAAUCUGAUAAUGCAAAGCGCUGGUCGAACAAUCCCGCAGUUGGCUUCUGGUGGUUUUCAUCAAGGUUCAUAUCGCAAUUUGGUCACGCGCAUGAUAUCUUAA